AUGGUUAUUAAAAAGAUUGGUAAUUAUAUUAUACAACAGAAAAUCGGAGAAGGUGGCUUUGCUAAAGUCUACCUAGCAAAACAUGUUAAACUUGGCGAUCUUGUUGCCAUCAAAAGAAUCAAUAAAGACUCCGAAAAAACAGAAAGACUAAUACGCGAAAUCAACAUCAUGCGAGAAUUAGAUCAUCCAUUUGCAGUUAAAUUUUACGAAUUAUUAGAAGAUGAAAAUCGAUAUUAUAUCGUCAUGGAGUAUAUAGAAGGACUUACAUUACUCGAUAUAGCUAAUAGAGGUAUGAUAUCAGAAUGGCGUUUGCGACACAUGUUUGUUCAAAUAACAUGUUGCAUUGCCUAUUUGCAUUCGGUUUUAAAUGUUGCUCAUCGUGACAUUAAACUAGAGAAUAUCAUUCUUGAUAAAUACGGAAAUAUUAGAAUUAUUGAUUUUGGAUUGAGUAAUUCAUACGAAGGAACUGGAGGUAUCUUAAACACAGCUUGCGGAUCUCCACAGUACGCGGCUCCAGAGAUGUUUUUAGGGGAACCUUAUACCGAUGCCGCUGACAUGUGGUCCCUUGGCUGCGUUCUUUAUGCAUUAGCGACAGGACAACUACCUUUCGAUGAAACAAAUCAGCGUGCUCUUGCAAAUAUGAUUGUUUACCAACACCCAGAAUAUCCUGAUGAAGUUCCUCCAAAUCUGAAAAACUUAAUACAAGCAUUACUCUCAAAGUCACCAAGCAAUAGACCUACUUGCAGCGAUGUUUUUAAGUUUGACUGGGUUACAAAAUAUCCUUUUCAUGAAAUCUUCGACCCGCAAUACUUCUUUACAGAGGGAUUUGCAGUACGAGGACCAAUAAAUGAGGAACUGAUAGAAGAACUUAAAGGUCUUGGUAUUGACACAGAUAAGGUUAUUAACGAGAUUUCUAACCAUUUUUACUCUUCAGAUUCGGCAGUAUACAGGAUAGCUCACCGAAGGCUUAUUAUAGAGAAAAUGUCUUCGUUUACAGAUAGAGCGUUUCCUUCAUUGCCGAAAAUUUCCCAGAAAACUGUUCCUCCUAAACCUCAACCUUAUAUUCCUGCAAUACAGAGACCAUCCGUUGUAAAGAAGAGGUAUAUGUUCAACGGAGCUCUGAGGUUUAAGAACACAGUAAAAAUUUCCAACAAAUUACAGAACACUGCGCGAUCACCGGUCCCACUAAUAUAUCACCAGUAA